GCAGGAGCGCAUGAGGAGAGCGGACCGCGGCGCGCCUCCUCUCUGCGUAAAUGUGACCAUCCUCGGUCCCUCCGCCCCCCCGACCUCUCCUCCGCCGCCUCCCGUCUUCUCCUCGGAACCGGGAUCGCCUGCGCGGUGGUCCGAGCCGCCCAGGACCGUGGAGUCCCGCCUGUCUCGGCUCGGCGCCCUCCUCCAGGGGUUAGGAGGCGCGUCGGGGAACUCCUCCCGCUUCCUGCCGGGCUUCGUGUCCACCGCCGCGGACGGCCACGGCUCGGAGCGGCGGGAGAGACGCGGCUCGACGCGCUCCCGCAUGCCGGUGAUGCGGGGUCUGAUCGCGCCUCAGAACACCUUCCUGGACACCAUCGCCACGCGCUUCGAUGGGACCCACAGUAACUUCGUGCUGGGGAACGCACAGGUCCAGUCCGUCCACCCCAUCGUCUACUGCUCGGACGGCUUCUGCGAGCUGACGGGCUUCGCCCGCGGCGAGCUGAUGCAGAAGAGCUGCAUGUGCCACUUCCUGUACGGCAGCGAGACCAGCGAGCACCUCACCUCGCAGAUGCAGAAGGCUCUGGACGAACGGCGAGAGUUCAAGACCGAGAUCAUCCUGUACAAGAAGAACGGUUCCAAGUUCUGGUGUCUGCUGGACAUUGUUCCCAUCAAGAAUGAGAAGAGCGAGGUGGUUCUGUUCCUGGUCUCUCAUAAAGACAUCACCGAAAACAAAGACCGAGCCAGCGAGUCCGACACCGAUGAGGACAACAGUCUGGAUGUCCGCAAAGUGGGCCGUCCUUCAGGAUGCAACAUGGAGCGCCGCAGGAGUCGUGCCGUCCUGUACCAGCUGUCCGGACAUCUGCAGAGGCAAGACAAGACCAAGCUGAAGAUCAACAAUACGGUUCUGGGCGCCAACGCUAACCCGGUUCCGGAGUACAAGGUGGCCGACGUCCAAAAGUCCCGUUUCAUCCUCCUCCACUACGGUGCCUUCAAGGCCGGCUGGGAUUGGCUGAUUCUGUUGGCCACCUUCUACGUGGCGAUUACCGUUCCCUACAACGUCUGCUUCACCGCCGUGGAGAUGCGGGAGGACGGCGGCUCGGCGGCUCGGAACCCCCCCAGCGUCAGCGACAUCCUGGUGGAAAUCCUCUUCAUCAUCGACAUCGGGCUGAACUUCAGAACUACCUUCGUCAGCACCUCGGGUCAGGUGGUGUACGACGCCCGCUCCAUCUGCGUUCAUUACGUCACUUCCUGGCUCUUCGUGGACCUGAUGGCGGCGCUGCCCUUCGACCUGCUUUAUGCCUUCAACAUCAGCGUGAACUUCGGGGUUCACCUGCUGAAGACGGUGCGCCUCCUGCGGCUGCUGCGUCUCCUGCAGAAGCUGGACCGUUACUCCCAGUACAGCGCCGUGGUCCUCACGCUGCUCAUGUCCACCUUCGCACUGCUGGCCCACUGGAUGGCCUGCGUCUGGUACUUCAUCGGCCGCAGUGAGAUCGAGAGCAAGAACCCAGCCUCCUGGGAUGUAGGCUGGCUUCAUGAACUGGCCAAGCGUUUAGGAACUCCGUACUUCUUGACUCCACUGACGUCAUUCCUGGGGGUCUCAGAGUCCCCCCCGGGCCCCGGGUCAGGGGCCCCGAGCAGCUUCAGCCAGUGGAACGGAUCCGGUCUGGGGGGAGCGGCUCAGUGGAACGGCAGCAGGACCAGAACCAAGACACUGAACGGGUCGGGGCUGGUGCUGAACGGCGGCCCGUCGGUGCGGAGCUCCUACGUGACGUCGCUGUACUUCGCCCUGAGCAGCUUGACCAGCGUGGGCUUUGGAAACGUCUCCGCCAACACCGACUCCGAGAAGAUCUUCUCCAUCUGCACCAUGCUGAUCGGAGCUCUGAUGCACGCGGUGGUCUUUGGAAACGUGACCGCCAUCAUCCAGAGGAUGUACUCGCGGCGCUCGCUGUACCACACCCGCACCAAAGACCUGAAGGACUUCAUCCGCGUGCACCGCCUGCCCAAAGCCCUGGAGCAGCGCAUGAUGGAGUGCUUCCAGACCACCUGGUCCGUCAACAACGGCAUCGACGUCAGCGAGCUGCUGAAGGACUUCCCGGAUGAGCUGAGGGCCGACAUCGCCAUGCACCUGAACGAAGAACUGCUGCAGCUGCCUCUGUUCGAGUCCGCCAGCAGGGGGUGUCUACGCUCCCUGUCACUGAUCAUCAAGAACUCCUUCUGCGCGCCGGGGGAGUUCCUCAUCCGCCAGGGGGACGCGCUCCAGGCCAUCUACUUUGUCUGCUCAGGCUCCAUGGAGGUCCUGAAGGACCACACGGUGCUGGCCAUUCUGGGUCGUGGCGACCUGAUCGGCUCCGACUGUCUGACUCAGCAGGACGUGAUCAAGACCAACGCCUGCGUGAAGGCCCUGACCUACUGCGACCUGCAGUACAUCAGCCUGAAGGGCCUGAAGGAAGUCUUGAGGCUCUACCCUGACUACGCCCAGAAGUUUCUGACAGAGAUCCAGCACGACCUGACGUACAACCUGAGAGAAGGUCACAACGCCGAGAUGGACUCUGAGACCAACGGGGGAGUGGUGAAGAAGCUGCCCUCCAUCCGAGAAGACGAGGAGGGCUCCGGCUCGGAGGGGGAGCACUCCCCCCUCCCAAAGAUACCCACCCUCAACAGGCUGGGUCGGGGUCUGCGCUCCCCCCUGCGCUCCCCUCUGCGCUCCCCACUGCUGCCCCCCAGACCUGGCAGGCCCACGGGGGAGCAGGCGCGGCCCCCCAGCCUGCAGAUUCCCGUGGUGAGCUUCAGCUGCCAGCAGCCGGACCUCAGCCCCCGGUUUGUGGACGGAACUGAGAUGGAAAACUCCAGCAGUUCUUCCCAGAAGUUUGACUUUUCUCCAGGAACAUCCAGGAACUUCCUUCCAGGCCCAGAUUUAGCUGUGUCAGGAACUCAAGAUGAAGGAGACUGCAUGCCGGCUUUAACCAGGCUGAGACACGAGAUGUCCGUCCUCUCCCGUCAGGUCGCCGGCGUCAGUCAGGAGCUGCAGGAAGUGAUCCGCCUGCUCCGGCCCCUCCUUCACCCCCCCUCCAUGUUUCUGACCCCAUGCACUGUGACUCCGCCCCCCAGCUUGUCCUCACAUAGCUGCUCCCCAGCGCCUCCCCUUCCGACCCACCAUGCACCUGUGGGCUGUCCUGCCCAGCAGACCCCCCCCUCGGUACCUGACCCGCUCUCCCCUCUUAGCGAGGUCUUUCAGGGGGGGUUUGAUUCCCCGCAGGGCUCCCGGGCCAGGAGCCCCCCCGUGAUGGCUAUGGCCUCCGAUCAGAGACUUCCCCUCAGUCAUAGCUCUGCCCCCCCCUCUAUCAACAGCUCCCCCCCUCAUCACAUGGCAGCUCCGCCUCCUUCUUCCUCCCCCCUUCCUGCUGCCUCGUCAUCCAUCAGUUCCAUCCUGAAGGACUCAUCAGCACUGGGGGGGGCG